AGCCUGUCUUCGGCUCAGAACGGGCGGAUCACCGCAUGCUUUCCCCAGGUUCCGCUGCGGUGUUUCCGGCCUUGAGCUUGGCGCUGCUCGCGGGGCUAGGGUGGCGUCUGUCUCCUCCGCCUCUGGUGCCUGAGCCGCUGCCUGUGUCUCCAGCGUGGCUCGAGGAGGUCGCGGAGGCCUGUGAGGCGGCCUCCUCCGCCGCCCUGUACGCCGAGUCGGCAGCUCGGGCGGCGCUCGACGUGGCAGCCUCGCCGCCGCCCCCUCCGCCUCCGCUGGCGGACUGCGAGCCCUGCGUGUGCCCGGAGCAGCAGGGUGACGACGAGCUGAGAGCUCUGGUGGUGCACGUGCUCGUGGGUCUUCUCACGCCAGUGUGGCUCUGGUUGACGGAUCGUUGCUGCAGCAACCCGAAUCGCCCAGGCCUCCGACGACAUGCUGGGCCGCCGCGGGCGCCGGGCACCCCUGCCCCCGUUGCCCGCGGGGGAGGCGUGGUGCGCUGACCUGCCCUGCGGGGCUCGCGCCAAGGUGAGCUACCUCGGCGACCUCGUGGAUCACGAGCGGGUCGUCGUUUGGCCGUCGAGGCGCGAGGAGGACGGGGAGGUUGUCGACUCGCACCUGUACUGGGUGCUCUCGCCGGACGGGGACCUGUGGGAGGAGCUUCUCUCUGGAGCCUCCCCGGCCGACGGCCCCUCUGGCGGUGAGCGCCCGGCAGCCGGCGCCGCUCCUCCCGCGGGAGACCGUAAGCUCUACGGCUUCAGAGAGAGGCUCACGCUGAAUCGGCUGGUGGAGCUGGCGGAGGAGUGCAGGGCUGCGAUGGAGGCUCGCGGGCAGACGCUCGCGGAGGCGCCGGCCAGGAUCGAGCUCCCGUCGGGCGUCCUGCUGAACAUUGGCGAGGUGUUCCCGUGGGCCCCCCCGCCGCGCGCGUGAGUCGAAAGGUAUAUUCCCAGCCAGGUGACCUCUGCUACGCGCGCGUUGCGGCCAGCCCUCACCGUAACCAUUAGGCUCGAGUCAGAGAAUCAAGCUUUGUUUCACACGUACUGGAAAAGAUCUCUCCUACAUCCCAUUCCUAUUCUCAACUUUGGUAGCGGAGCGGGGGACUAAGAUCCUUCGCUUCUUGGACGCUACCGCUCGCCUUCGUGCGAGCACCACUGUACAGCCACUCCGCAGAACAACAUGUCGGCACCACCGCCGACUGCAGCUGCUCCUUCGGGGACGGUGUACGGCAGCACCAGCCUGAAGGUGCCUCCAAGAUGGGACCCGGGGACGGCGUCCACGUACCCUUUCCGCAAAUGGGUACAAGAUGUGAUGCUGUGGUCGAUGGUCACAGACCUCCCGAUCAACC